AUGGAUCGCUCCGCCGCACAAAGCCCUGGAUAUCGUUUGGAUCAGUACAAGCACAGCAAUCCGUUGAUAUCCGAGCGUGCCAUUGAUCAGCCGAGACGCCUUAAGGUCAUUUACAUCGGCGCCGGAAUUUCAGGCAUUAUUGCAGGGAUCCAAUUCAUGAAGGCGGUUCCAGAUCUGGAUUUGGUCAUUUAUGAAAAGAAUCCGGAGCUGGGAGGGACAUGGUACGAGAAUAAAUAUCCCGGUUGUGCGUGUGAUGUUCCAUCCCAUGCCUAUCAGCUCAGUUUCGAAUCCUGGACCGGAUGGAGUCACUUUUUCUCGGGGUCACAGCAGAUUCUUGAAUACUGGAAGAGAGUGGCCCAGAAAUAUGAUAUUCGCAGACACAUCAGGUUCCUGAGCCGGUGUGCAGGUGCACGGUGGAACGACGUAACAGGAAAGUGGUUUGUACAGAUCCAAAAUGUGGAAACAGGUGAAGCGUUUGAAGAUUCUGCGGAUAUCCUCAUGACCGGGACCGGGCUCCUCAACGAAUGGAAGUGGCCAAACAUCCCUGGGCUACAGAAAUUCCAAGGGCCGUUGCUCCAUAGUGCCAGAUGGGAUGAGAAUUUCGAUAGCAAGGACAAGCAUAUUGCUGUCAUUGGAGCUGGAAGCAGUGGUAUUCAGAUUGUUCCCGCUCUAGUUGAUAAGGUCAAGGCCAUGGACCAUUAUGUGCGCGGAAGAACGUGGAUUUCCAACCAACACGGUGGAGAUCGCCUGGCCACACGAACCAGUGGUCUGGGAGGAAAUUUCGAGUAUACCGAAGAGGAGAAAUGGUCAUGGCGAGAGGAUCCGAUUGCGUACACCAAGUACCGCAAACAUCUCGAAUUUGAGAUACAGACACUCUACCCCAAAUCGCAGCGAGGAAGCACUGUCCAGAAGGCUGUCACGGCUCAAUAUACAGCAGACAUGCGGCGCAGGCUGGAGGCAAAACCCGAGCUUUUGGAGCAACUCCUGCCCGAAUUUCCACCUCUUUGCAAGCGUCUGACCCCGGGACCUGGCUAUCUGGAGGCUCUGACCUCCCCCAAAGUCAAUGUGAUCGGAAGUGCAAUCACAGAGAUUGAUGAAACUGGAGUUAUCACUGCAGGUGGUAAGCACCGGCCUGUUGAUGCCAUUAUCUGUGCAACAGGCUUCGAGACUAGCCCCGGAAGCGGCUUUCCAAUUAUUGGUCGGAAUGGAGUCAAUCUUCGCCAACGGUAUGCUAAUCGUCCUGAGACAUAUCUCGGACUCUGUACGGAUGGCUUUCCCAACUUCUUCCAGUCGCUCGGGCCUAGUUCCUUCCAAGGAGCGGGUAACUUGCUUAUCAUGAUUGAGCAGCUCCAUAUAUACGUCGCAGAGAUUGUCUCUAGGAUGGCGUACGACAAUAUCGGACAGGUUGAGCCCAAGAAACAGCAGGUCCAGAACUUUACCCAUUUCGCGGAGAGGUACUUUGAGCGCACUGUUUACAGCGCGGAAUGUGCCAGUUGGUAUAAGUCGGCGCCGCCAGGGGCUUCCCUCGAGGAGCGAAAGAGAGGCCGAGUCACUGCUUUGUGGCCCGGAAGCAGCUUACACGCAGUAAAGGCACUGAAGCGUGUCCGAUGGGAGGACUUUGAGACAAGGCCAUGGGAUGGCAACGAAUUCGGUUGGUUUGGCAAUGGCUGGACGGUGGGAGAGAAAAAUCCACAGUAUGAGGACGAUUCCUUCACAUGGUACUUGAAUCAAACCGCGUUUGUUGACACUGAAGAGUUGAAGAGCUAG